AAAAGAGAAAAACGAGUUGCGGGUGUUGGUUAAUGCCUUUUCCUCUCGAUUGAGAUCAACCUCAACACAAACGCUGUCGGAAUCCAACAAGUUCCACCUUGAUCAACGUUAAAUCCCACCGACCCAUUUCGUUAAUUCUAACCAUAUUUACCGGUUUUCAACACUCUCCACCGAUCCACACAUUGUGGUGAAUAUAUGUAUGCGUUGGUGAGAGAGUGGGAAUUGAAAGUGAAGGUUGAUGGUGAUGAAGCGGUUGGUGAGAGUGAAGAGGGAAGCGAUUGCAGCAUGCAUGACUUGCCCGCUAUGCAACAAGUUGCUGAAAGAUGCCACCGCCAUUUCUCUAUGCCUUCAUACGUUUUGCAGGAAGUGCAUUUAUGAUAAAAUUACAGACGAAGAACUGGAAAGCUGUCCAGUAUGUGACAUUGAUUUGGGCAUUGUUCCACUCGAGAAAAUGAGGCCAGACAACAGUUUACAAGAUUUAAGGAACAAAAUUUUCCCUUUAAAUAAAAGAAAGGUGAAUACAGCUGUAGCUGUUCCCUCUGUACUAUUACCAGCUAGAAGAAAGGAGAGAUCACUUUCAUCUUUGGUUGUCAGCACUCCAAGGGUAUCUACACAGUCAACCAUGACAGGUAGAAGAACAAAACCUACAAGAAAGGCUAGUACCAUGCAGUCCUCUAGUUUCUCCAUUGAAAAGAUCAUUAAAAAAGAAGAGGAAUUGCUGGAAGAUCGCCAAGAUAGUUCAAGCUCACCUAACACUUCAAACAAAUCUGCUAAGAAUAAUGGGCAGAGUUUGUCCCCUUGUAAAAAUAGCCAAUCCAUAUACAAUAGAGGACCAGAGAAUGUUGCUGAACCACAGGAAGCAAAAUUGGAUCUUUGGAAACCUUUGAAUUAUUUAGUGGAGGCUGCAAGUAGGAGUAAGUCUUUUAAGUCUAAUGUGCAAGUGUCUGAUGCUAAACAAGAACCCAUGAAAGUGAUGGACAGUGAUUCUCAAGUGUUGAAAGCCAAAAAUAAGGAAAAUAAACGCAAGGCAAAAUUUGAAGAUGCAAAGAUUAGUGUUGAUCAUGUCUCUUCCGAUACAGCAAAAACCAACAAAUUGCGAAGAGUUCGCCCAAAAAAGGAACCUGAUUUUGGAGAAUCAAGAAUAUCACCUCAAGCUGUUCUGGAUGCUACUGACAGUAAUCUCUCAUGGAAUGAUUCAAUUUGGUUCUCCUUAGUGGCUUCUGAAAACCAGGAAGGAGAUGCACCCUUGCCCCAAAUUUGUUCAAGUUAUGUAAGAAUCAAGAAUGGAAGCAUGCCUGUCUCAUUUAUCCAAAAAUUAUUGAUGAAGAAACUAGACCUGAAGAGUGAAGAUGAGGUUGAGAUUAAAUGCAUGGGACAUCCAGUGGUUCCUUCACUUCAGGUACAAAAUUUGAUUGAAUUAUGGGUUGAUACAGCAUCGACAGGACGUAGAAUUCCAGCAACCAUAGGAUCCUCAGGAAAAGAUUUUGUAAUGAUCCUAACCUAUGGUCGGAAGGUCCUACGCCGUUGAUCGUGCUUCCCUAUUCUGCCCGCCCUCUCAUGUUUAUAGUUGCUUCAAAAACGUCACAGAAUAAGUGCUUCCCCAGCACCAUGUUUGUGUACUUCAAUCACCGUGUUUCCGUUAGGCACGCCGUUAUGGAGGAUAAGAUAGGUCAAAUAAAUUGAGUAAAUUGACUUUAGAAUGUAGAGUACCAUGCUGUUCUGUCGGGCAUUGUUGUAAUCAUUAGUUUCUGAUUUUUCAAGAGCUGCCUUUUGUUUUCAAUAGCUUAUUUCAAUAAUUAGACAUAAAUUGCUUCAUACU